ACAUCAAAGCUGUAUAUUGUCACCCUGCUUAUUUAACUUAUUUAAGCUCAUCUUAGUAAAGGCGAUACCGCUGUGCGCGUAUUUGCGGAUGACGGCUUCAUGGCACCCUCAAACAGAAGGAAAGCGGAAGAGGCAGGCCGGAAGUGGGAGUGCCGCAGGUAGUUAGCGGCGUCUCAGUUGCCAUGGAGACUGGAAAGCGAGAGCGGCAGUCGGCUGAGUCUGGAUCUUACGCUUUCGCCGGGACAACGUGGACGCCCAGCCCGCGUCUGGCCCGGAUCCGCAGCCCCAGCCAGUCCACCUGGCUCUCCUCCCUCGCCUACUCCGAGUCCUUCCACCAUGGCUUCGGGGGUCGGCGCCACCUCGUCUCGCAGCUCUCGCUCCCGCCGCUCCCCGAGCCGCAACUGCUGCGCUUGCGCCCCACCUCUCUGCGCACCCAAGACAUCUCGUACUUGCUCACCGGCGUCUUCCGCAACUUGUACACCGCCGAGGUGAUAGGGGAGGAGGUGAGCUCGAAUUUGAUCAAGGCCCGCGGCAGCGAGGAUGCGCGGCACGAGGAGUUCGUGGACCAGCUGCAGCAGAUUCGGGAGCUCUAUAAGCAGCGGCUGGAUGAAGUUGAAAUGUUGGAGAGACACAUCAUUCAGGCCCGUGCACGGGCCCUUGCGGAGAAAGAGCGGGCCAUGCACCAGGCCAAAGUACAGUUCCUUGAGCCCUUUAUCAAGAUGCCUCCAGUGAAGACCAUCUUCAGAUGGUGUGUGGACAACGAGUUGCUACGGAAGCACCAUUUGAUCUGCCCGAAUGAUUACUACAGUGACUCAGUGCCAUUUUGUUCUGCACCUAAAGGUGUCUCUGUCCCUGGAUAUUCAAAACAGACAUUUAGUUCUGAGAAACGUUCCAUCCCAAAGAACGAGCUGACCAAGAAGCCCACAUGCAGGAAGAUGUCCUCUCCGUCUGCGGAGGAAACGGACUAUACUAUGGAAAGCCUCACGUGGGACUCGUCUUUUAAGGCCAAACUCACAUCCAGAGCAGCCAUCAAGAAAACAGGUUUACCGAAGAAUAAAAACUGGAUGAACCAUUUGCGGGUGCCCCAGAGGCAGCAGGAGCGGCUUCGGCUUGCCAGGAUGGAGAGUCGGAACCGCUUCCUGAGAAACCCUCGCUUUUUCCCUCCUAACACCCCGUGGGGAGGCAAGUCUCUUCUCUUUCCUCCCAAGAAGCCAGCACGGGUAGGAGACUUCCAGGACAGAGAGCUGGAGGAGAGUUGUGCUGAUACUCCAGUGUUUCUAGCUAAGCCCUCCAUCGGAUUUUUCACAGAUUAUGAAAUUGGACCAGUUUAUGAGACGGUGAUCUCCCUGCAGAACACCACAUCCACCAGCCGCCACCUUCGAGUCCUCCCUCCGUCCACGCCCUACUUUGCCCUGGGACUGGGGAUGUUCCCAGGAGAAGGUGGAAUGGUGGCUCCUGGAAUGACCUGCCAGUACAUUGUCCAGUUUUUUCCCAACUGCCUUGGGGAUUUUGAUGACUUUAUUUUAGUGGAGACCCAGUCAGCACACACGCUCCUGAUCCCCCUGCAGGCCCGGAGGCCGCCCCCUGUGCUGACGUUGUCGCCCGUGCUGGACUGCGGCUACUGCCUCAUUGGGGGCAUGAAGAUAACCAGAUUCAUCUGCAAAAACGUGGGCUUCAGCGUGGGCAAGUUCUGUAUCAUGCCUAAGAAGAGCUGGCCACCACCCAGCUUCAGGGCCGUUGUCACCAUCGGCUUUGUUGAGCAGCCUCCCUUUGGGAUCCUGCCGUCGGUGUUUGAGCUGGCUCCAGGGCAGGCCAUAUUCAUGGAGGUCCUGUUCCUCCCAACCAGCCUGGGAAAGGCAGAGCAGACCUUCGUCAUCGUGUGUGACAACUGCCAGAUAAAGGAGCUGGUGACCACAGGAGUUGGGCAGCUGGUUGCUCUGGAUCUGAUCUAUAUUUCUGGUGAGAAAAGUCAGCCGGAGCCUGGAGAGCUCACAGACUUAACAGCCCAGUACUUCAUACGCUUUGAACCUGAAAACCUUCAGUCCACCGCCAGCAAACUGCUGAUGAUUAGAAACGCCACGCACGUGGAGCUGGCCUUCCACUGGCAGAUCGUGAAGCCCAACCUGCGGUCCCUGAUGCCCGGAGAAACCUACAGCACAGACAGCAUCAAGUACCACCCAGACAGGGAGACAGCCUUCUGCAUCACCCCCAAGAUGGGCGUCCUCAGCCCCCACACGGACCAUGAGUUCAUCCUGAGCUUCUCCCCUCAAGAGCCAAGGGAUUUUCACAGUGUGCUCCAGAUGGUGCUGGAGGAAGUCCCAGAGCCUGUUAGUUUGGACUUGGAAAACUCCAAGGACCCCUCGUACUGCAUGGAUGAUGUGAUCGUCCUGGAAAUCGAGGUGAAGGGCUCAGUGGAACCUUUCCAGGUUCUCCUAGAACCGUAUGCCCUCAUCAUCCCUGGGGAGAACUAUAUUGGCAUAAACGUGAAGAAGAAUUUUAAGAUGUGGAACAACAGCAAGUCAGCCAUCAGGUACACGUGGGGGAAGAUCAGCGACUGUCACAUCAUUGAGGUGGAGCCCUGCACGGGGACCAUCGAGCCUAGCGAGGUCGAAGAUUUUGAGUUGAACUUUACCGGGGGUGUCCCUGGCCCGACGAGCCAGAACCUGCUGUGUGAAAUCAAAGAUUCACCCACGCCCGUGGUGUUGCACAUUGAGGCGGCCUUUAAGGGGCCGGCCCUAGUCAUCGAUGUCUCAGCCCUUCAGUUUGGUUUGCUGCGCCUGGGACAGAAGGCCACCAACUUUAUCCAGAUCCGGAACCUCAGCCAGCUCCCGGCCACGUGGGCCAUGAAGGAGAGCCAGGUCUCCCUGCAAGAAAGGCAAGAAGACGUGUCUCCCUUCGACAUCGAGCCAUCGAGCGGCCAAGUACAGCCGCUGGGGGAGUGCAGAGUGAGCAUCACCUUGGAGGCCCGGCGCUGCCAGCGUCUGCAGACCGUCCUGGAGCUGGAGGUGGUAGACGGGGCCUGGAGCCACCUUCCCGUGUACGCUGAGGUGCAGGAGCCCUACGUGUACCUGCAGAGCAGCCAGGUGGAGGUCCCCAACCUCUACCUGGGCGUGCCCACCAAGAUGGCCAUCACACUCGUCAAUGGCACACUCCUGCCCACCCACUUCCACUGGGGCAAGCUCCUGGGGCUCCAAGCAGACGUCUGCACAGCGAAAGUCUCCCCGAGACGGGGCACGCUGGGCCCCAGCGAGGAGCGCCAGCUCAGCCUGGAGUUGACUGCGCAUACCCUGGAAGCGGUGACCGACGUGGCCCUCCCUUGUGACGUGUCAGGCAUGAGGGAGCCACUGGUUCUGGGCAUCUCAGGGAAACCCCGGGGACUGCAGGUAGCCAUCGGCGUCUCUAAGGAGGAGAGUGAUGACAGUGCUCCCAGCACAGAGCUGUGGCCGGGCCACCCCGAGACACUCCACCUGGACUUCGGCUCAGCAGUGCCACUGCGGACCCGCGUGAACCGCCAGCUCUUCCUGACCAACUGCUCCCCAAUACAGACCCCUUUCACCCUCGAGUUUGAGUACUUCGGGAGCCCUGUGAACAGCCUGAGCCAGAAACCCAGUCCCCCCGACAUGCCUCCCGCCCUGCUGAAGACGGCACGGAUGCGGGAGCUCUUGGCCAAGCGUGAGCAGUGGGAGUUUAUGGAAAGCAUGCUGUCCCAUGGAAAAGGAGCAGCCUUCUUCCCCCACCUCUCCCGGGGCGUGCUGGGCGCCCACCAGAAGCUCAGCAUCGACCUCACUGCCUGCGCCAACAUGUGGGGGGAGUACUGGGAUAGUCUCAUCUGCACGGUGGGAGACUUGCCUCCAGCAGUCAUCCCGGUGCACAUGGCGGUGGUGGGCUGCCCCAUCAGCUCCCAGAGGACCCCCCACUACACCACUGACCAGACCCAGAGGGAGCCCAUCAUCAGGUUCGGCACCCGGGUCUCUGGAGGAGACCAAGUCACCCGGAUCCUUCGCCUGAAUAAUUCCAGCCCCUGUGACAUCCGCCUGGACUGGGAGACCUACACUCCAGAGGAUAGGGAGGACCGACUGCUGGAGCUGCUGGUGUUCUACGGGCCGCCCUUCCCGCUACGUGACCAUGCUGGGAACGACCUCCUAUACCCCGAGACCCCGGAAAGCAGCGGCUCCUUCUGGUCCCCAAGUCCCUCUGAGUCUGAAUCCAGCCGUGAAGCCACCCCAUCUGCCGAGGGCAGCUCCAGUGCCGGCGCCCCCCAGAAGAUCAUCUCGGUCAUCCUGCAAGGGCAUGAGGGGAUGCCCUCUGACCACCUGUUCUCCAUCAGCCCCAAGCAGGUGGUGGUCCCUGCGGGGGGGAGCAGCACCAUCCACAUCUCCUUCACACCCGUGGUGCUGGGCCCCGACGUCCUGCACAAGGUGGAGUGUGUCGGCUACGCCCUGGGCUUCUUGAGCUUGGACGAUGAGGUGGAGAGGGAGCUUCCGGGCCGGAGGCGCCGCCUGCAGGACUUUGCCGUGGGACCCAUGAGGCUGGACCUGCACGGCUACGUCAGGCUGGCGCAGCUGAGCGUGGAGUGGGACUACGGAGGCAGCGUGGUGUUCUGGCAGCAGGCCAGUGACCUCAUCCCCGAGCAGCCCUGCGCUGGGGUGCUGAGUGAGCUGGUGACCACCCGCCACCUGAAGUUGACCAACACCACGGAAAUCCCUCACUACUUCCGGCUCCUGGUCUCCAAGCCCUUCUCCGUUUCUCAAGAGGGGGCGAGCCACAGCCACCGGGCCCUCAACCGGAAGCAGGAGGGUGAGCAGGAGACGGCAGCGAGGGGCAAGCAGCUGGUGCUCCACCCACAGGAGAACACACUGGUGAACGUGUCCUUCUCGCUCUCCCUGGAGCUGCUCUCCUAUCAAAAGCUCCCGGCUGACCAGAUGCUGCCCGGAGUGGACAUUCAGCAGAGCCCGAGUGGAGAGAAGCAGAUGGUGUUCACACAGAACCUGCUGCUGGAGUAUAGCAACCGGACCUCCCAGGUGGUGCCCCUGCGGGCCGUGGUGGCCGUGCCUGAGCUGCAGCUCUCCACCAGCUGGGUGGACUUUGGCACCUGCUUCGUGAACCGGGACCGGGUCCGGGAGGUCUACCUCAUGAACCUGAGUGGCUGCCAAAGCUACUGGGCCGUGCUGACAGGCCAGCAGGAGCCAAACAAGGCCCCCGUGGCCUUCAAGGUCUCCCCAAGCAGUGGGCUGCUGGAGGCACGACCGGUCAACGCACCCCCCACCUCUGUCACCCUCCAAGUUUCCUUCACCGCCAGGAGCUGUGAGCUGUACGAGUCCACGCUGGUGGUGGAAGGCGUGCUUGGGGAGAAGCCGUGCACCCUGCGGCUCCGGGGCUGCGGCUCGUAUGACGAGAGACACGCUUCACCCCUGCACCAGCUCUGAGGCUCUGCCCUCAGCCCCCAGUCCUGGAAAUAAACAUGGCCCGGAGCUCUGGAGCGGUUUACUGGGCACGGGCCUCUGCUGGGGGACCUCUGAACAGCUCCUGG